UGCUGGAGUUACAGGCAUGAGCCACCACACCCAGCCUAGUUCAAAAUUAUUUUAUAGGGUUUAUUACAAGCCACUGUUACUAGGUAUGGGCUUUAGGAUCUAGAAGGAAUCUGAUUGAUUAUCCAGUCUGUCUUGAUCAAUUUAUAGGGGAAGUUGGUUUACUGAGGACCAAAGAGGGUUCAUUGAUUUUCCUGAAGUCACACAGUUGGGCCCAGAACAUGGGUGUCCUUGCUUGCUCAUUCCUUUCACUAAUUCCUCUGUGCUCUGAAAUCCUACCAGUUUUGAGGAAUGAGGAAUAAAGGAAAAGUGAUCUUGAAACAGUUACUAACAGGCUCUCUCUGCGGGUAGGUGGCUCUCUUCUGCCCUGCUGCUGCAGCCUCAGCAAUCAGACUGGGAGGGCAGGCUAGUAUAGAGAGCCCAGAGGCCCAGGGUAGUUUGUUGGAGGAUGGACUUAAAGUUUCAAUUGACUCCUGUCUGGUGAUUGCCCUUUUAGGGUGUCCUCCACCCCGUCACCUGGGAGCAAACUAAUAUUUAGGGAUCUGAGGGUACACAGCAGCGCUGGACCAAACUAGCCCGUUAGAGCACCUCAAUCCAGAUAGGAACUAGGGCAGAGCCAAGCUGCUGAGGUCACAGAUCACUGAAGUGGAGACCCCUGCUGAUCUGCCUCUGAAGACCUAAGAUGGUCACAGCGCUGUGCACAGCCACCUUGCUGCAUACUGCAGUGGCAGGUCUUGUGCUCAGACCCCAGGAAAAGUGCUAGAUCACACUGAUGAGAAGACUGACAGCUUUUUUUUUUUUUAAAUGACUUUCAAGGUUUGGUUAAUUUUAUCUUCAUGACCUCUGAUUUCCCUGUGCAGCAAAUGGUAAAGUAGGGGUAGGGGUAGGCAGAGAGGGACAGACCCCAGCAGUCUAUGGACAAGGACAGCCCUGAACAGCUGGCCCUGAGACACGAACUGGAACAUGGUUGGAGCCUGGGACACAGGGCUAACAGGAAAGGACACAGACUGCUGUCAGGACACAUACUACCACACACCCAAGGCCAGGACCCUGCUGACGUGGCAGACCUCCACCCUGGCCCCUUACUGCCCCCCGCCCCUCUCCCCCGCCUGCCAGCUGCCAACAAGGCUCUGCCUUGUGUCUGCCACACCUGUCACUGCCUGUCCUUGUCCGGGGAGGGGGGGCCCAUCAGCCCCUCCUCAGCUGCCCAGCAGAGCAAGCAGUUAUUGGGGAGGGGAGGGAACAUGGAGCGGGGGGCGGUGGUGGGGGCAGGGCUGGGGGCUGGGGACCGAAUUCGGGCACUCCUGGGCUGCCUGGUCAAGGUGCUGCUCUGGGUGGCCUCUGUCUUGCUGUACUUUGGAAGCGAACAGGCCGCCCGCCUUCUGGGCAGCCCUUGCUUACGGCGCCUCUACCAUGCCUGGCUAGCAGCAGUGGUCAUCUUUGGGCCCCUUCUGCAGUUCCAUGUCAACCCUCGGACUAUCUUCGCCAGCCACGGCAACUUCUUCAACAUAAAAUUUGUGAAUUCAGCCUGGGGCUGGACAUGCACCUUCCUGGGGGGCUUUGUGUUGCUGGUGGUGUUCCUGGCUACACGGCGCGUAGCAGUAACUGCCAGACACCUGAGCCGGCUGGUGGUGGGGGCAGCUGUGUGGCGGGGAGCUGGCCGGGCCUUCCUGCUCAUCGAGGACCUGACCGGCUCCUGCUUUGAGCUGCUGCCCCAGGGUCUGCUGCUCCACGAGCUGCCUGACCGCCGCAGCUGUCUGGCAGCCGGCCACCAGUGGCGGGGCUACACGGUCUCCUCACACACCUUCCUGCUCACCUUCUGCUGCCUGCUCAUGGCAGAGGAAGCGGCCGUGUUUGCCAAGUACCUGGCCCAUGGGCUGCCUGCAGGCGCCCCCCUGCGCCUCGUCUUCCUGCUCAAUGUGCUGCUUCUGGGCCUCUGGAACUUCUUGCUGGUCUGUACUGUCAUCUAUUUCCACCAGUACACUCACAAGGUGGUGGGUGCCGCAGUGGGCACCUUCGCAUGGUACCUCACCUAUGGCAGCUGGUAUCAUCAGCCCUGGUCUCCAGGGAGUCCGGGCCAUGGGCUCUUCCCCCGUUCCCACUCCAGCCGCAAGCAUAACUGAAAUGAAUAAACGCCAUUGGGCCUGGC